UUUCUCGGCUCUCUCCAUCGUUGUCCUGUUUUGUUUUUUGGUCGCUUAAUAAUCAGACGCCGAGGAGUGGGAGGGAGAGGAAAUAGAAAAGGGUGAAAACCACCCAUUUGCAUUUCGUUUUCAUCUUCCCCCCUCUCGCUUCUCUUAGAUUUUUCUUUUUUAUCUUCUUGAUUGUCUUCGUUUUUGUUGUUUCUGCGCUCCACCAUGAACGAGAAGGCUAACGUGUCUAAGGAGCUCAACGCCAAGCAUAAAAAGAUACUGGAAGGACUUCUUAAAUUACCAGAAAAUAGGGAGUGUGCUGACUGCAAAGCUAAAGGACCGAGAUGGGCUAGUGUGAACCUAGGCAUCUUUAUAUGCAUGCAAUGCUCAGGAAUACAUCGAAGUCUAGGAGUACAUAUAUCAAAGGUGCGGUCUGCAACUUUGGACACUUGGCUACCAGAGCAGGUUGCCUUCAUUCAAUCAAUGGGAAAUGAGAAAGCAAAUAGUUACUGGGAAGCAGAGUUACCCCCAAAUUAUGAUAGAGUUGGAAUUGAGAAUUUCAUUCGCGCAAAAUAUGAAGAGAAGAGGUGGGUGGCGAAGGAUGGGAAACCAAAAUCACCUUCUAGCCUGCAGGGAGAUAAAUCUUCUUCACAUUGGCAGAGGCCUGCAGAAAGAAGUGGGCACGGUUCUCAUGCAUCUGCUUCUGAGAAUACUUUUGAGGAAAGGAAGAAAAUUCAGCCAUCAAAUACAACUCCUGCUGCUAAAUUUACUGUUUCCGCUCCCCCAAAAGGACCUCAGCUGGCAAUACCUGUCAUAAAACCUCAGCAUGUUGAGAAAGUGGAAGCGGUGGCACCACAACCUCAAGCUGAGACAACAAAGCCAUCUACUGAUACGCCUCAGAGUACCCCUGCAAAAGUUGACUUUGCUACAGAUCUGUUCGACAUGUUGUCUAUGGAUGGCCCAAGUGAAAAUGAUUCAGGCGCUGCUGCUGCUGCUACGGCUGAUGAUAAUAACUGGGCAGGUUUUCAGUCUGCUGCUACAGAGGCAUCAGCAACAGAGAAGACUAGUCCCACAAAAGCAGUUGAGAGUACUCCGUCAGCUUCUGGAAUUGAGGAUCUAUUUAAGGAUUCAUCCUCACCUUCGGUGGCACCAAGCUUAGUUCCAGAAAAACCACAGAAAGAUUUAAAAAAUGAUAUAAUGAGCCUCUUUGAGAAGUCCAAUAUGGUGUCUCCAUUUGCAAUGCACCAACAACAACUUGCCAUGCUGGCACAGCAACAGUCCCUUCUGAUGGCCGCUGCAGCUAAAUCUGCCAGUGGGGACCCCAAGAAUCCCGGUAGUUUACAACAAUCUGGACUGAAUGGGUCCGAUAUUGCCGCACAAAGUUGGCCAGGUGUUGGCUACCCUAUCCCUGGAGCUGUGCCAAUGCCUGGUCAGUCUGAGCUAUUGAAACUCAUGCAGACUGGGAACAUUACUCCAGCACAACCUGCAGGAAGUGCUGUUCAAUAUCCGUCUGGUUUCUAUAUGAUGGGACAAGGCGCUCCAGUUAAUGGGACGACCACAAGUGGAGGGAGUAAACCUCAGCCAGCAGCCCCGGCAUCAUCAGCCCCUUCACAGUCAUCAGGAAAGGACUAUGAUUUUUCCUCUCUAACACAAGGAAUGUUUUCGAAACACUGAUCGGUCUUUCGGAAGACAUUGCCAGCACAUACCACAUAGAAAGAUUAGUUCAAGUUACAGAAUACGCCCUUUAAUUUUUGUCAUUUCACCUGAGCUGUCCUGCGGUUGUAAGCCACUUGUAGAGCCAUUUCAUUUUUUGUUGUGUUGUUUGAUUGCUUCAUUUGGAUGUGUAGGUCCAUUCAUGAUAAUAAAUCUAGUGAUAUUAGCUUUUUCCCCUUCACUCCAUUUAUGAAUAUUUCACUUCAGAUGUAAUCUUUGUUAGGUGGGCCUCCGGAUUGUAUGAAAUUAAAGAAACGAGUCGUGUGAACAGUGCACCAUGUUGCUAAAUAUUUUAUUUUUAUGUUGUAACUUCCUGUCUUCGGGGAUACAAACA